AUGGCUAAACUAGAAAACUUUUCCACAUUCUUAUUAGAGGGUGUGUCUGGUAAUCGUCUGAUUGACAUUGGUUCUGGGCCGUGCGUUUAUCAAUUCAUCUCUGCGUGUACAAAGUUCAAUGAAAUUAUUGCCGCUGAUAUAAGCAGUGGGAACCAAGAGGCAAUAAGACGAUGGAUAAGUGAAGAUUCUGGUGUUUUUGAUUGGAAACCCUACGUUAAAUAUGUCUGUGAACUAGAAGGACAUCAAAAUGUUUCAGAACGAGAGAAGAUAAUUCGUAGAUCAGUGAAAGAUGUCAUCCAUUGUGACAUUUCUAAAGAGUACCCAGUCGGUUCGAGUGUUUCCCCACUAUACGAUUUCGUGAUUUCAGGUUUUUGCAUUGAAUGCAUUGCUAAAAGCAAACAGCAAUGGGUGCAAUACUUGAAGAAUGCGUCCAACCUUCUGAAGAGUGGUGGAUGGUUCAUACAACUUUGCCAGCCAGCUGAUUUCUACGUAAUUGGAGACGAGCGGUAUACAUGCUUCAACGUCGAUGAUGAAUUCGUGACGCAAGCGAUACGAGAAGCUGGGUUUUUGGUAGUGAAAAGUUUUCUCAAGAAAUACACAGAUGUGCGUAGUUAUAUGAACUACGAUUUCACAAUAGUGGUAUUAGCAAAGAAAACGUAA